AUGACCACAAAUUCUCCCAUACAGCGUCUCCCAUAUGACUGCCUCUCCGAAAUCUUUGCUCAUGCCUGCAAGUCUCCUUUCGAUGCAGCCGGCAGCUACCUCAACUGGCCUCAAGAGAUCAUCGCACUGCAUUUGACAGACGUAUGCUCGCACUGGCGCAAUGCCCUAUUUUCCAAUACUGCUUUAUGGUCUACCUUUGAAUACAUCCAUGAGCCGCCGCACAUACAAGCGAGCAUCGACUGCCUCAAUCUCUACCUCACCAGGUCUGGUAAUCACGUCCUGUCGUUCACCAUCCACGGCCAUAAAGACCAGGACUCAGACUACAUUGUUCCUGAUUCCCGACAGCGAAUUCAUGCAAAUCCUUUGCGCUGA